AUGCGGCUCGUCCGUCUGGCGCUGGUCUGCGCCGGGCUGUGCCUGGGGUCGUGCGCAAGGAGCGCGUGCGCGAGCGAACGCUCCCCGCCGGCUCGCUCGACGCUCCCGCAGGGCAGCACCCCCGGGGAGGCGACGCGGAGCGGCAAUGGCAGCAGCAGCCCUGCCGCGUCCCCCUUUCCCGAGCGAGACAAGCCCAUGACCCAGCGCGCCCUGGCUGUGCUCGUGGUGGCCAGCGGCGCCCUCAUCGUCUACUUCGUGAUCCGGACCGUGCGCCUCAGAAAAAGAAACAAAAAGACCCGAAGGUAUGGAGUUUUGGACACCAACAUAGAAAAUAUGGAGUUGACGCCAUUAGAACAAGAUGAUGAUGAUGAUACAACAUUGUUUGAUGCUAAUCAUCCUCGAAGAACAGAUAAAAUACAAAGCUGUAAAUUGCUCCUUCAGAAAGACUUGCCACACUAGUUCUCUAAAAUAACAGAACACAAUAUAAAACAAAACACCUGACAACUUGCCUUAGAGAAUACUUGUUGGCAUUCAUAUUACUUGCAAAAGUCCCAGAGGUUCGAAUAUAGCCCUCAGAGUAUCCUCAUCAACAAGAUUUACAAGAGCAAGCAUCUGCUUUGUGCAGCUGAAACAUCCUCAUGUGAGCCAGCCAUGCUGAAGUCGUCAAUCAAAGGAAAAACAAACAAACAAAAAAAGCCUUUAUUACUUAAAAAUAGGGCAUUUCAGUAGAUCAUAAUAGUAAACAUGUUUGGAUUGAAAGUAAUCAGACUCAGUGUAUUUGAAUCUUGUGGAAACCCAAUAUUGGAGUUUAAAAGAAAUCAGAUUGACAAAUCUUUGGUUCUUAAAUACAAUGCAUACUGUGCAGUACAUACUAUAGAAUCUUAAGUCUUUAAACUAUUCUUUUUGUAAAGAUAAACCUGGCAUGGAGAAAUAAUCAUACUUCAAAAUGCACUGUUUCAUUGUUAUACAGUAUAACAGAUCUACGGAAGGAUAUUUUAUGUAUGAGGCAGACUCCUUUUAUCAGUACCAGAAGUUAUCAGGUUUUUGGACAAGUUUA